GUGUCUAACAGUCUAUCCAUGCCGCCAUAGCCACACAUCCAUUGAAAGAAAAAAUGUUGGCUUCAGCAUGUUGCAUUGACUCCAACAGUACUGCAUACCUAUGCACAUCCACAAUUCUAGAACAUACCAAAUACAAACCAGCCAAAGCCCCUACUCUAACCCCCUGACCCCCUCCCAGCCGCCUACACUGAAAGGGCUGUGGGGGUCACAUGAUCCCGUGCCACUAGCGAUGGCUUGUUCAAUUGCAUCCGUUACAUGGGGACUGAUUGUUUAAGAAUUUUGCUUCCAUCAACAGAGGGGAUAGCCCAGUGGAGUUCUCUUCCACUCUCCUAUCUCUCCUAGGCUUGCAACGUCUCUCUCUCUUUCCCUCUAUCCCUCUCUCCCUUUCUCCCCAGAAAGGUAAACGAUUAAGAGGGUGUUUUUACUGAAGAAACAAGUAUCAGGUACCACACAGUGGCCACAGCAGCUUCUCUUAGGAUGUACAGCUUCAUGGGAGGGGGCCUGUUCUGUGCCAUGGUGGGGAACAUCCUGCUGGUGGUCUCCACAGCAACAGACUACUGGAUGCAGUACCGUCUGUCGGGCAGCUUCGCCCACCAGGGCCUGUGGAGGUACUGCAUGUCGGGAAAGUGUUACAUGCAGACGGACAGCAUCGCAUAUUGGAAUGCCACCCGGGCCUUUAUGAUCCUGUCAGGGAUGUCGUGCUUUGCGGGCAUCAUCGCAGGCAUCCUCUCCUUCGCCCACUUCUCCGCCUUCGAGAGGUUCAACCGCUCCUUUGCGGCAGGGAUCAUGUUUUUCGUCUCCACCUUAUUUGUUCUUCUGGCAAUGGCCAUCUACACGGGUGUGACAGUGAACUUUCUGGGCAAGCGUUUCGGUGACUGGCGUUUCUCUUGGUCCUACAUAUUGGGCUGGGUGGCACUGCUCAUGACCUUCUUUGCAGGGAUAUUUUACAUGUGUGCCUACAGAAUGCAUGAAUGUAGGAGAGGAGGCGGCCCUACACGCUAGAGAGAAAGACACAGCAAAUCGCACAAACUGUUUAAAAAAACAACAUUUAACACUGAAUGAAUGACCUUAACAUAUGACAGAAAGCCUUCAUGCCUACAUGGGCCUCCAUCCCCUGAUGCUUCCAAUGGAUUUCCUGGAUAAAUAAAGACUUGAUAGAAAAAUAUACAACAGCUUUCUGCCAUUCACAU